AUGAACACAACAAUAGAGUCAACAACUGUAUUAAUUAAUAUUCCCGAUACAGAUAAUUUUGCUAAACAAUUUAAACAUGGUUGUCAAUUAUUUCGAUUUUAUUCAAGUAUUAUUCUUGUUAUUGUUGGUAUGAUUGGUUCUUUACUUUCAAUAAAAGUUUUUUCAUCAACAAAAAUCCGACGAAAUUCAUCUAAUGAAUAUUUGAUUACAAUGAGUUUUAUAGUGGCUUUACUAUUAUUUAAUUUCUUUUGCGAUGAAGUUCUUCGAUCACUUGUACAUGAUUUUAAUGUUGAUUUACCAUUAAAUCUUGUCGAUUUAUCACGCCCACUCUGUAAAUGUUCAACAUAUUUUCGUCAUACAUUACGUUUUGCUGCUCAUUGGAUAGUUGUUGCAUUUACAUUAGAACGUCUUAUUGUUGUAUAUUUUCCUUUACAAACAUCUGUACUUUGUAAUCCACGUAGUGCAAGACGAAUAUGUUUAUUUAUAUUAGUUAUAUCAUUUUUAAUACCAUUUUAUUCAUUUAUUAUGUCUGAUGUAAGUGUUGAUGAAAAACAUCAUUUACCUGAAUGUGAUAUAAUGAAUAAAUUUAAAAAAAUUUAUUUUUAUUUAACAAUUAUUUAUGGAAAUUUAACAUUAACAUUUCCAAUAUUAAUUGUUUGUAUUGUUAAUAUAUUAACUGUUCGACAAUUAUUACGUGCUGGACGUUUACGUAAACAACAACAAGAAUUAAAUCAAACAAAAAAAGUUGAUAAUGCAAAUAAAGAUUAUGUUAAUAUGAUUGUUAAAAAUCAAUUAGAAAAUGAUAAAGUAACAUGGAUGCUUGUUGUUAUAUCAAUAACAUUUGGUAUAUUAAAUUUUCCAUAUUUUAUUCUUUGGUUAAUUGUUUGUAUAAUACGUGUACGUGGUAAAAUACCAUCGGCAUAUAUUGAAUCAGGAAGAAUGGUUGCCGAAGUUUUUUAUUUACUUCAUUAUAGUUUAUAUUUUUUUCUAUAUGUUAUAUCUCGACGAAGUUUUCGUAAAGUUUUAAUUGAAAAAAUGCGUUGGCGUUGUGAUUGUUUUGAUCAAUGGCGUUUAAAUGAAAUGCGUCUUGAUGCAGCAUUAUUAUCACAACAAAUACCACGACAACCAACAAUACAUAAUGGUAUUAAUAAUAAUAAUAUAAGUAUAACAAGUCGAACAUCAAUAACACAUUUACGUGUUAGUUCAACUCGACGUAAACAACAAACAAAUAAUAAUAAUAAAAAUAACUCAAAAAAAUUCAAUAAAGAUUUAUCAAAUUCAUUGAUGUUAACUGAAAAAUAA